AUGGCAGCGACUCACGUGUUUUCUUGGCUGGACAGCCUAGAAAAAGAUUUUGACCGUACUUAUGUGGAUUUAGAUGUCUUAAUCGGUCACGGAAUUAAUACCGACACGGAGAAGGAAGAUUUUAGAAAGAAGCUGGCUAAUCUCAAUUCAGUAUUUACACAAGUAUCCCUCAAAGCCCAGUCGGCCUGCGAAAAAAUCGCAAGAGCUGAGGCACAAGAAUUACUGCUUAAAAGUGAUCUUGAAACCGCACUGGCGGAAAAGUCCUUUUCAGAGAAAGAGGUCGAUCACCUGCUUAUUGAACUCCACCACGCACAGUUAAAGCUGCUGAAAUAUGCUGGUGAGGAGGUGUCAACUGAAGGCAUAAAGAAAAGUCUCGUACGUGACGAAGUUUAUGGAGCGCGUAUGGCGGCUAAAUACCUGGACAAAGAGUUGGCAGGACGUAUUCAGCAGAUCCAACUAGUAUGCCAAAAGAUGGAUGGGCCGGAGUACGAACGUCUGUGGAACACUCUAGAGUCAGAAAUUCUCCUCCAUAGGCACAAGACCGUUAUACGCGCUUGUCGAGGCCGCUUAAAUCUCCUUCCUGGUACGUAA